CGAGGAUCAAGGCGCACUCCCGCCGCCGUCCAGGAGCAGCUCUCUCUCCGCGAUGCCUCCCUCCGCCCUGGUCCUGGCGACGGUGAACAGCCCAGCGCUCCCGGCCUUCCUGCUGUGCAGCACGCUACUGGUCAUCAAGAUGUACGCGGUGGCCGUCAUCACCGGCCAACUGAGGCUGCGGAAGAAGGCUUUCGCCAACCCCGAAGACGCCCUGCGACACGGUGGUCCCCAGUUCUGCCGGAGCGACCCAGAUGUGGAGCGGUGUCUCAGAGCCCACCGGAACGACAUGGAGACCAUCUACCCGUUCCUCUUCCUGGGCCUGGUCUACUGCUUCCUGGGCCCCGCACCCACCGCGGCCUGGGCGCACUUCCUGCUCGUGCUCGCCGGCCGCCUGCUGCACACCGUGGCCUACUUGGGCAAGCUGCGGGCACCCACGCGCUCCCUGGCCUACAUCGUGGCCCAGCUGCCCUGCGCCUCCAUGGCCCUGCAGAUCCUGUGGGAAGCGGCCCGCCACCUGUGACCCGCCACCACCACACUGCAGGCUGAGGCAGGCAGUCCUGGCUCCCUGGCGCACUCUGGGCCCAGCAGACUGUGUGU